CUGCAGCAGAAGAUGAAGCCGCGCCACCUGCAGAUGAUUGCCGUCGGCGGCUCGAUCGGCACUGGUCUCUUCAUCGGUUCCGGCCAGGCGUUGCGCAACGGCGGUCCGGCGGGCAUCCUCAUCGCGUGGGCCAUCAUCGGCGUCAUGCUCAUCAACGUUACCCAGGCCCUCGGCGAGAUGUGCAUCCUGUACCCGGUCUCGGGCGGUUUCUACACGCUCGCCGUCCGCUUCCUCGACCCCGGCAUGGGUAUGGCUCUCGGCUGGAACUACUUUGCGCAGUGGGCCGUCGUCCUUCCUCUCGAGAUUACCGCCGCCGGCAUCACCGUCCAGUACUGGGAAGGCGCACAACAAGUACCUAUCGCAGCCUGGAUCACGAUCUUCUGGUUCGCCAUCAUCGCCAUUAACGUGUUCGGCACGCUCGGCUACGCCGAGGAGGAGUUCUGGUCCUCGUGCCUCAAGCUCGCCGUCGUCGUCAUCUUCAUCAUCAUCGGCAUCGUCUUGAACGUUGGCGGCGGCAAGGGCUUGUACAGUGAGUACGUCGGUGGCCGCUACUGGCAGGACCCGGGCGCGUUCGCCAACGGCUUCAAGGGCGUCUGCGCCGUGUUCGUCACGGCCGCCUUCUCGUUCGCCGGUACCGAGCUCGUCGGCCUCGCCGCGACCGAGACGCCCAACCCGCGCAAGACGCUUCCGUCGGCCGUCAAGAACACCUUCUGGCGUAUCACCCUCAUCUACAUGACCUCCCUGUGCAUCAUCGGCCUCAACCUCCCGUUCAACCAGGAGCGUCUCCUCGGUGGCAGCGACGGUGCGGGCACGUCGCCGUUCGUCAUCAUGGCCAACCUCGCCGGCCUGAACGGUCUCGACCACCUCAUCAACAUCACGAUCUGCAUCUCGGUCCUCUCGAUCGGCCUGUCGUGCGUCUACGCCGGCUCGCGCGUCCUCACCGCCAUGGCCGAGACCGGCUUUGCGCCCAAGGUCUUUACCUACGUCGACAAGUCGGGUCGCCCACUGUGGUCGGUCAUCCUCGUCCUCAUGUUUGGCCCGAUCGCGUACGUCAACGUCGUGUCGGCCGGCGACACCGUCUUUAACUGGCUCCUCGCCCUCUCGGGCCUGUCGACCCUGUUCACGUGGGGCUCGAUCUGCAUGUGCCACAUCCGCUUCCGCAAGGCGUGGAGGGUCCAGGGCCACCACGUCGACGAGCUCCCGUACCGCGCCAUCGGCGGGGUCGUCGGCUCGUGGAUCGGCUUCAUCCUCGUGUGCCUCGUCCUCAUCGCCAACUUCUACAUCGCGAUCUUCCCGCUCGGCGGUGCUCCCGAGGACCCUGGCGCGCGUGCCGAGGCGUUCUUCCUCUCGUACCUCGCUGCCCCGGUCUUCCUCGCCUUCUGGCUCGGCUGCUUCCUCAUCAAGCGCACGACGCCGCUCAAGGCGCACCAGAUCGACCUCGACACUGGCCGCAAGGCUUGGUUCACGGCCGAGGAGAUGAACCAGUACCGCGCCGAGCGUCGUGCCGCGCCGUUCUACAUCCGGAUGUACCGGAUCCUCUUCUCGUCCUGAUCGCGCUUCGUGUCCUCCUGGUGUCCCCCAUGCCUCCCCUUCCCUCCUCUCGCAUUCGCAACACGAGGCGAAAAGGCUGGGCGUCGGCGGCGGGCGCUGCGUGGCCAGUCGACGGGUUGUGUCUCCACUCUAUCUCUCUCUCUCUCUCUCUUUUCCCUAGCAGUACUUCUCGCAACGCGGUUCUCUUGUCACG